UUGGGUUAAUGAAUUCGCUUUGACCGCAGGACAUUUUUCCGAUUCCAUCGUUACCGUGGGAGACGAUCAAGUAACAUAUUUGAAAUCCAUUCCAUGACACUUGGUAAUUUAAAGAAUGUCUAAAAUGUGGGGAUAACCCACAUCACCGCCAACAAUUAUGGUAUAAGGUAAGAGUCAACCCCAUCAGCUGAUCCAAAGGCGAGCAGACAGUUCUACUCGGAGCGACACUAGCGCUCCGGCCGGAAAGGACCAACCGCCGGCAACCAGGUUUGUCUUGCUUGUACCACACACCGCAAAAGGACUCCUGGGUCUACUCUACAGUUAGUAAGAUUCAAAAAUAUUGUGACCAAACCCUGAGUACAACAUGGCUGGCAAGAUGAACUUGAAGAAACCAGAUGCUCAGGCCAUUAACAUUCAGUCAUAUAUUAGAGUGAGACCACUUUCUUCAAAGGAAAAGAAAGCCAAUGUCCUCGAGUUUGGCAAGAAAGAAGUGACCAUCAAAAGUGGUGCUGAAAGUUCUAAGUUGAACAAAACACUGUUGUACGAUCGUGUUUUUGAUGAGCAAUCAAAACAGAUUGUCAUUUACAAUGCGGUUGUAAAGCCGAUGAUCAAAGAAGUGCUUCAGGGCUACAACUGUACAGUGUUUGCCUACGGCCAGACUGGAACUGGGAAAACUUACACCAUGACGGGGGACCAGGACCCUGAUGCAUGUUGGGAAGAGAGCGUCCACGCAGGAAUUGUCCCGAGAGCCAUGCACGACUUGUUCCAUGAACUUUCCAUUCAAGCGUGUGAAUACCAAGUGUCGGUGUCGUACAUGGAAUUGUACAAUGAAAGGUUGCGAAGUCUCCUUAAGGAUAAUGAAGAAACAGACCUUAAACUGAUUGACGAUUUGGAAGGAGGAGUGAUUGUGAAAGGUCUUUUGCCAACACCUGUCAAAAGCAAAGAGGAGGUGUUUAAACUCCUUCAGCAUGGAGCGGAGAAGAGACAGGUGGCUGCGACUCAGAUGAACCUCAACUCAAGCCGAUCACACACAAUUUUUACGAUCAACGUGAAUAUCAAGGAGAGUGCAGUUGCUGGCAAAGAUGAUGUACUGCGAUGUGGCAAACUCCACCUCGUGGAUUUGGCUGGAAGUGAAAACGUGUCCAAGUCCGGAGCCAGCGAAAACAUACACAAAUCUGCAACGGGGGUUAACAAGAGACUUGCAGAGGCUUCAAACAUAAACAAGUCUCUGUUGACGUUAGGCCGAGUCAUAACAUGCUUGACGGAGAACAACCCACACAUCCCUUACAGAGAGUCAAAACUGACAAGGUUUUUACAAGACUCGCUUGGUGGCAAGACUAAGACCUGCAUCAUCGGAACAAUAUCUCCAGCGCAGGCCAACCUGGAUGAAACGGAGAGCACACUGAACUAUGCUUCCAAAGCGAGAUCCAUCAAGAACAAGCCAGUGAGAAACCAGACCAUCUCCAAGAAGGACUUUAUGCAGGUUGCGUCUGAAGAAAUAAUGAAGCUCAAAAAAGACCUGGAAGCUGUCAGGCAAGGAGAGGGGUUCUAUAUCUCUAAAGAGUCUCAUGAAGAAAUGAUAAGCCGAAUGAAAGAGCUGGACGACCAAGUGAAAGACUCACAUGAAAAAUAUUCACGAAUCAAAGAGUCGUACGAACAAUCAAAGGAAAUGUUCAGUUCCUUAAGCUCCGACUUUGACGACAAGUGUGCCGAAUAUGAAGAGCUUGAUAAUCUGUUCAGAAUCGAAAGCCAAAGAUGUCAAGAGAAGAUGAAAGAAUUCGCAAAGGAAGUCGUUGUCAGGGAAUAUUUUAUCAAAGAAUAUGAAAAGACCGAAGGCAGUCUGACAGAGCAAGCAAAAACUUGCAAGUCUGUGCUGGAAAACCUCUUAGACCAGAGCAAUCGAUUGCACGACAAAAUUGAUAGAAAGCAGUCUAACGAGUCAGACAACCUGCAGAUGUUGGGUCGCUACAAGGAAAAUGCUAGCAAGAAGGUUGCGGACUUCAAAAGCAAGCUUGAUUCGUUCCUUGACGAAGAAAAGCAGUUUGUGAAAGAAGUUAUCAAAAAUGCCAGUACUGUGAACAGAUUAUUUGAAGAAGAGAACCAUAAUGUUUUAUCAACCAUUAAAUCUUUUGAACACCAGAUGAAAGCCCUUGCACAGUCGAGGAAUGAAACACUUCACAAUAAGCAAACGGAGUUUACUGGUCAAGUCAAUUCUUGCAAGUCACGAGGGGAGGAAAUAAUACAACACUCGGUUAACCUUUACAAAGACGUGAUCAAGUCACAUAUUCUGCCCUCGAUGAAGAACAUUCAAGAUCAGCUGAAUCUCAUCACCAAAAUCACUGAGGAGGGAAGCAAUAAUCUCGCCAGGUUCGAAACCAGACAGAAGAAGAUCUCUGAAAUCACAGAGAACCAUGUGUCGUUAAUGCAGUUUUCCACUAAAAUUGUUGAUCAAGUUGAAGCUAUAAGACGUAAAAAUAAAGAAGUUGUUGCUAAACCGAUCAUAAUCAACAACCUUGUCGACCAGUUCAACAAAAAUAUCAAGCAAGUGAUGUCAAUCCUGACAGCCGCACAAGGCAGUUGUGCAUCUAUCAAGUCUGAAUCCGCCUCAGUGUUGGCGGGCGCAACAGCCACAGAGGAGGGAGCGGAAUCUUUGAAAGAAACAGCUAUGUCUAAUCUGCAGAUACUCGGAUCUAUCCAAUCAAACGUUGAGGAAGUGAAAACAGUUAGUGAACAACAAUCAGAACAGGAGAAGACUCUAUCGAGCGAGAUCAAAGAAAAUGUUGAUAGUUUAGUGAAUGAAGUAAACACACAUGUUGAACAUAUUGAGAAUGGAGUCAAGCAGAACAUAGAGCAAGUACAAGUACUAUGUGGAAAACAACAACAAAACCUCUCACGACUGGAAAACAGUGUUAGCGUAUUUACAGAACAAGUGUCUCAAACUGUUGUGGCGUCUGAAAGUAAAGUUGAGAAUUUAGUUGAACAAAUCACAGAUAAACUUAUUGAGAAUGAAACACGUUUUGAAAAAACGCUAAGGGAACAGAAUAACGUGGCUCGAACUAAACUGCAGAAUAUGAAUGAAAAACCUGAGCUUUCUCAAGUGGUUCAGGCGUUGGAGGAGAAUUUAAAAUCGAUCAGCUAUAAACAAUAUGUUCCUCAAGGAUCGACUCCUCAGAGGAUCAGCAAGGACCAACUCCAGUAUCCGAGGAAGUUUGUCGCCACUGCACCGAGGAUGGAGUUGGUGAGGAAACUGAGAGAGAAGUACCCAGAAGCUGAAUCUGUACCCAAUGAAAACCUGAACUUUAAGGAGUAUUUGCCUGCAGACCCGUUUUUCAAUGGAGACAUUCCAGUUACAACUGAAAAAUCCACUGGCAGUAUUGGAUCUACUGGAGACAGACGCACCGAUUCCUCCACCCACUCCACGCCGAGGGCUGGCUCAGGACUGGGCCGCAGGUCUACCUCCAUGCCAGACUUGAAUGUAACAGACGACGUGUUUGUCGUUCCUUCACCCGUCGAUAAUAAAGAAAACAUGAGAACUAGGAGUGCAAGGAGACCAACCAAAUCCAAAAUACCGGACCUUGCCAUUCCAAAGAAGAAGAAUAUCCUGGGACCUGCACAAAAUUUUGCCUGAAAAAUCUGUACAAAACCUUAUAUAAUAAUAGUUAAUAGAUAUUAAGUUUGAAAAAAUAUUAUUAUUAAAAAAAAAUGUAUCAAUGUAGUUUUAUCUCUUGCUUGUGAAAUGUGGUUAAUGUAGCCUAUUUGUAUAUUUAUUACUCUACACUUUUUUAAUGCUCUCUGAUGUUUUGUAAAUACUGUGAUUUUACUUUUUUAUCCUAAUAAACAUUCAUUAUUUUAUUUA